AUGGAGAGAGUACAAUUUCAGCAGGAGCAGAUGCUCCAAGAGCUCAACGAUCUUGUCGAUAAAAAGCUCUUUACUCAAAAAGAAGUAAAGCAUAUCAUGAAGAAAAGGACAGCAUUUGAAACCACUCUUAUUCGACGCGUCGCCAAAAAGGCCGACUACUUGCGCUACAUCACUUAUGAGAUGGGACUCGAGCAGCUGCGUCGCAAGCGGGUCGACCGUAUGAAAUUACAGCCUGCUCCUCCAACAGUGUCAGAUUACGCGUUGGUUCGGCGACAAUUCCACGUUUUCGAGAGAGCUCUCAGAAAGUUUAAAUCCGACGUCGGCUUAUGGAUACAAUAUAUUCAUGUCGCGAAACGUGAAGGAGCUCGUGCGCUAGUGGGCAGAAUAACGGCGAGAGCCCUUCAACUACACCCCAACACCCCCGCGUUAUACAUCCUCGCAGCGUCUCACGAAUUGGACAACUUGUCACCCUCAGCCGCACGCUCUUUGUUACAACGGGGAAUUCGACUCAAUCCUGAGAGCGUUGAUAUAUGGAGGGAAUAUGUGAGAAUGGAGUUGGGAUUCAUAGAGAGCCUAAGGCGUCGAUGGGAUGUACUUGGGAUUGACGAAAAGGGCAAAAAGAAAGCUGUGGACGAUGAUCCUAGUGAACGCAUCAUGGGUCACGGUGGUGAGGCCCAGGAUAUCUCGAUGGAGGAUGAUCUGGAUGCAUACGAGGGGGAUGAAGGCAGGGCAGCGCGAUUGCAAAUUAUGGAUGGUGGCAUCGUCAAGUCUGUGAUUUCGAGUGCGGCCCUAGCUAUACCCAAGAUUGCCUUGUUUGAAUCGUUGAAGGACUUGAUAUCAAGCUAUCCGUCACCGAAGAAGCUUUGCCAAUCACUUUUAGCUCAUUUGUAUGAGGUGCUUAACCAUACUCUUCCCAAACAUCCGCAAGCGAUACUGCUUCUUGCCAGCCGCUUUUUGGAAUCACAGGGAGAAGAGUUCGUGGAAGGACUGCGCCUAGCCAACGAAGAGCUGCUUACGAGAGUCAAGGACAAUGAUCAAGAAGCGUUCCUCGAGGUCUAUGCAAAUUUCAUCGAGGGGUGGUUUUUGAAGUUGGUGGAUGAUGACCUUAAAACCUACCUUAUGGCGUCUUUGACUUCCCUAAUCCAACGUGCAAGACCAUCACCAUCACUACUGUCUGUGCACAUCAAACUACUGAUGCAUUCAUCUUCGGGGAGCCCUGCCAAGGUACUUUGGAUUGCUGAUAAAUAUACGAGACAGGUACCGACCUCGCCACGUGUAUGGCUGGCAAGGCUGGCAGUAGAGAAGCAACUGUCGGAUGAACCGACGGAGAAAUGUUGGGCAGAAGCGAGAAGGUCAAUUGUUGGGACUGACGAAGAGAGAAUAGAGAUAUGGACCUGGGGUCUAUUAACGGCGGAAUCACCGCUGGCCAAGAAGGAAUUGCACGAGAGGUUGCUGAAAGAGAGUAUACAAGAUGUCUCGUUACGGGGCGUGCACGAGGCACUCCUCGUGAGAUACGUUGGUGUGUUGCACGAGGUUGGAGUUGAGCCGAACUCCGGGUUGAUGUCGGAUCAAGAAAAGGGAUGUGUGAAUUGGCUACAUUGGAUUCGCCAUAUGGCGAAGAGUUAUCUAACGACUGGGAGGGUAUGGCGGCAGGUGUUUGCGAGAGUGUCAGAGGCAUGUGAAGAAGGGGAGAAGGAGAAGGUGCUAGGUGAAAUCUUCGAGCUGUGGAAGAAGGAUGAGGGAGUUGAGGCGACGAUUGAAUGGGGACGGUGGCUGUUGGUGCAUGGGAAAGGGAGAGAGGCUACGGAGAUUGUGAUGAAAGGGAUGCAUUGCUUUGACAAGGAAACUAUAGAGGCACAAUGGAGAAAGGAAUUGAGUAGAGUAGACUAG